ACAAAACGCAACAAAAUCAACCCGUCAGUGUCUUCCACCUUGAAUGCGACUCCCGCAUCCGGGAAUGCGGAUCUGGGCGAGACGAGAUCCACUCACUCGUCCGGUGAUCACAAUGACCGAUCUGAGGAUGGUGGUCGGGAUUUGUUACAUCCGAACGUUCGACUCUAUUUGUCCGCAGGCAAUGUGCCCCCGAAAAGUCUGGUCCUGAAUUACGCCGGUCAUCUGUUCAUUUUGCAACCAUCACGUGUGACCGAUCAGGACGAGGAAGACGAAGAAGAACGAAUACGUCUGACGCAACAAAAUGGACCACGAACCUACGUUCGGGUACGCUGCUCCGCUUACCGGUUAUAUUGGUUUGUAAGAUUCAGCUUUUGUUGA